AUGACGACGGGAGCAGGCAGUGCGCACUUCGACGGUCUUUACGUCGACGUUGAGGCAAAGCCACGCUCGCACCCACCGCCGCCGGUCCCGACCAUUGUCGAGGCCGAGACCUCUGAGACCGCCGCUCAUCAACUCAAGAAAGCCGCGCAGCGGCGGGCAAUGAACGAGAACGACGAGUACCGCGAGGACGCCCGUGCCCGCAAGCUCGCUGCCUCCCCCCCUUGGGACCAGGGCAAGACCGAAGAGUCUUACACCCCCUUCAAGCCCAAGAAACCCAAGCCUACAUUCUCCUCCGGUUACGGCCUCAGGGAGGUUGCACUGCAGAACCCGCCCGAGCCCCUUCCCCCUCUCGAAGAGCGCAUCGGUCCCGAAGGUAGCCGCCACCGCGUCUAUCCCGCUCCUUCCCCUAUCGACCCACCUCUCAACGUCGAAGAAGGCUGGCCUGAAGACACCCCGUCACCUGCCCCCAUCGUCCACAUGUCCCUCCUUCACGACGCCAUUUCCGAGGGUCGUCGCAGUGACGACGACAAUUCGCCAGGCGACAAUACUCCCAUCAUGGAACACCCCAAAGACUCCACGGUUCCACCGGCACCACUUCCGGCUGCUGAAUCGGACAAGAACGCCAAUGCCAACGGGAUUACCUCCAGCCGGGCCUAUGUCGACUUUGAGCCGCACAAGGAAGGUACCGAAAGGGCCAAGCCCGCCAUGGACGAGCUCGCGAAGCUCUUCGAAGAGCGUAUGCAGAUGCGCUUGGAGAUGGGUUUCGCCGGCAACGGCAGCCGCAGGGUUUCCGACUUUGGUAUGCCCCAGCGCCCCCAAGGUGACGGCUUUGGCCGCCAGAGCAGCUACGGUGCCCCUCGCGACAGCGGCUAUGGUUCUCGCGACAAUGGCUAUGGUGCUCGCGACAAUGGAUAUGGCGCUUCACGUGACAGUGGUUACGGAAACCGCCCCUCGCAGCAAGACAACGGCUAUGGAAGCCGCGGCCCCCAGCAAGACAGCGGCUGGGGAAACCGUCAGUCAGGUGGCGGUGACCAAGGUGGACGUGGCGGCUGGGGCUCUAACGACAACGCCACUUCCAACAACUCCGGCUGGGGCCAGGGUGCGUCCAGCAACAACAACGACGAGCCCGGUGGCUGGGGUCAGUCUGCCUCAUCGAACAACAACAACAAUGAUGACUCUGCCUGGGGCAACUCUGGUGGUGGCGGCUACGACGCUCCUCCUCACCAGCGCGGCUUGGGUGACCGCGGCGCCAACCUCUCCGGUGGCAACGGGUGCUUCAAGUGCGGCAAGGAAGGUCACAUGAGCCGCGAGUGCCCCGAUGGAACCACCUGCUACAACUGUGGCAAGGGCGGUCACAUUUCUCGCGAGUGCACCGAACCUCGUUCCGGAGGUGGCGGUGGAGGCGGUUGCUUCAACUGUGGACAGGAGGGCCACAUUUCUCGCGACUGCACCGAGCCUCGUUCCGGAGGUGGAGGUGGCGGUGGAAGCGGCUGCUUCAACUGUGGACAAGAGGGACACAUGAGGAGCGAGUGCCCCGAGCCUCGUACCGGCGGUGGUGGAGGCGGUGAGUGCUUCAACUGUGGACAGCCUGGCCACAUGAAGAGCGACUGCCCCGAGCCUGCCGGUCUCAACCUUGGCCCGUUCCAUGGCACGUGUCACAACUGCGGUAAGCAGGGCCACAUGAGCCGCGACUGCCCCGAGGCUUCCACCGGUCCGUUCCGUGGUACCUGCCACAACUGUGGCGAGCAAGGUCAUAUGAGCCGUGAAUGUCCAGGCGGCGGAGGUGGCGGCGGCGGCGGAGGAUCGUGGGGUAACAACAACGCGUCCUCUGGUGGUGGCGGCGGCGGUGGAUCGUGGGGUAACAACAACGCGUCCUCUGGCGGCGGUGGCGGCGGGUCGUGGGGCAACAACAACACGUCCUCCGGCUGGGGCAACGAAGGCGCCAGCUCGAACAACAACAACAACACCUCGUCUGGUGACGAUGGCUGGGGUAAUGACGCCAACCCUUCCCGCGAAAGCAACACGGCCACGAACGAGCCCUCGCAUGGCGAUGGAGGCUGGAACGGUAACAACAACAGCAACAGCGGUGCGCAGAACGGCGGCUACAAUUCUGGUGAGCCCAAUCUGACCAAGGAGCCCACUAACAACUCAGCCCCUCAGUCCGCCCCUCAGCCCCCUCCAACCCCCAGCCGUGGCGGCCCUCCCGUCCACCCUGACCGCAUGGGCUUUGUCCACCCCGACCGUGCUCGCCAGGUUCCCAGCGGCGCUCCUCAGGAUGACUACAACUCGCGUGGCCCUCCUCAGCGUGAGUCCUGGAACUCGCGUGCCCAGAACGACCAGGGUGGCGGCUACUCGAACUCGGGUGGAGGCUAUGGCAAUCAGCGCCAGAACGAUGGCUAUGGUGGCGACAACCAGCGUGACGGAGGCUACGGUCAAGGCGACGGCGGCCACAGUUCGUCUCAUGGCCAUGCUCGCCGGGAGUCCAGUUCGUACGACAACUCUUUCGAGGACGAGCCUCCUCGUGCCCCUCCUGCCGACGUGCACCCCGUGAGUCAAUUGUGUCCCCUUCACCGCUGA